UCAUCACGCCGCGCCAAAUUCUAACCAAAACAAACGCGAAGAACCUUAACGGAUAGCCAGACUCGUACAGUUUAGCGAAGAAGUUAUGAAACGGUGUCUACAUGAUGCUGCAGCCAGACUUGGUCCAGUUUAUGGCGGUGGGAGGUGGUCAAGCUCAUAAUAGCAACAAAGAAGAGGAGUUUAGUGAAGCGACGGAGCAGCAGGAGGAGAUGAGGAGAAGGCAAACUGAGGAGGGAAACCCGUUCAUUUUCAGUCCGCAGCUCCUCCGUUUGCACAGAGACCAUGAGCUGUUUGAGGAUGGAGAUAUUCUCAGACACAUGUAUCUGCAGGACCUGUUCAUCUCAGAGGCAGAGGAGCAGCCAACAACCAGCGUGUCUGAGUUUGCCUGUCACAUCUCCGGCUGUAGAGUCGUCUUCAGCACACUGGAUGAGUAUGAGCACCACUACAACUCCCUGCACAGACACGUGUGCUGCUCCUGCCGCCGCUCCCUGCCGAGCGCACAUCUCCUGGACAUUCACCUUCAGGAGUGGCACGACUCGCUUUUCAUCAUCCUUGCCCAAAAACAGGACAUGUAUCUGUGUCUUGUGGAGGGCUGUGGUCAGAAGUUUAGAACAAGUCAGGAAAGGAAGGACCACCUGAUAAGAGUUCACAAGUAUCCGCCGGACUUCAGAUUCGACAAAAACAGAAAGGAAAAAGGAACCAGAGACACGAGGAGAGAGCAGAGGACAGACACGGCCAUGGAGGCAGCAGACGAUGUUUCUAGGUCGGAGGGUGUGUGUGAGGUUAUGUGCAGCGUUCAGUCCAACCAGCACGAGCAGGAGGAGUCCAUGGAGGCGCAUGCAAGCAGUGAGGAAGCUGCUCGGAUCGAGGACAAUUCUGCUUCAGCUCAGACCUUAGAAACAAGCACAGAAGCACUGAAACUAAAAUACUCCUACAGGGUACCUAAAACUGUGUGCUUCGGUCAGGGCUCGGUCCGAGGCUUCAGAGGACAGAGAGGCAGAAGGAAAUGAAGCACAACAUCUAAGCUCUCUGUUUUCUGUCUUUCAGGGUUCAAAUAUGUUGCAUUUUCAUACAUUAUGUGUUUGCUGUCAGUAAGUUAGUUCAAAGAAAAGUUUUUUGUUUGCACUUUCAAAAAAGAAGAUAAACUCUGGCACACUUGAUACUGUUGGAAAAUUUGAUAAAAGAUGCAGUGAUGCUCAACAA